CAGACCAGACCAGACCAGUCUGAAAGCCCCGAUGAUCAGCGCUAGUCGCCGCCGUUAUGAUGCCAAUGCCCACUCAUAUUGAAACACCGCUCCACGACAGCUCCUCUAGGGGGCCGGUUUCAACUCCUUUCAUCUCGACCAAUCUGGCCUGCGUCUGGGACAAUAGUCGACUGCAGGUAAAAGCCCGAGAAAAUCAUCAAAACCAUCAAACCCAUCAAACCCAACCAAGGCUGGGACCCCGGUGGUACCCUGGGACCCUGGCCGGUACAUACUACUACUAGCCCAGCGAGGGUUCCACCGGACCCGUGAUGCGGUGCGACGUCUUGGGCUGGCUGCAGUCUGCAACUCUGCAUCUGCAGGGCCUGUUGCUUUCGUUCCAUUUUCUCCCUCUCUUGCUUGCUUGCUUGCUUGCUUGCUUGCCUCCCUCGGCUCUCAUUGCGCAGCGUUCCACCCACCGUUGCAUCGCACGCCCUCUCCUUGCGAAUGGAAUCCCCUGGGCGCUGCAUCUGCCAGAUGGGCCCGUCCAUGGUUCUUUGAGUCACUUGGCCCGUCCUGCUGCCCAUCGUCAUCCCCCCCCCCCCCCACCCCCCGUGUCUUUCGCUUCUACUCCUCUAGUCUCUCUCUCUCUACUUCUAAUUCUUCCCUCCUCGCCCCCUCAUUCUGUUCCAAGUCAACAAACAUUGCUCCCAGCGACCCCCCGCAUUCCAGUCCACGGCUUCCCGGACAACACCUGCUGGGAAACCAUUCUUCAGGCCUGGAAUCUAGUAGGGCUGAAAUUGCACCCAACGAGCAAUCUGUUUGGCUGUUUCAUACUGGUCUGGUUGCCCAGCGCCGGUCUUGUUCCCCAUCGCCAUCCGCCAUAUCAACCGGCUUGUCUAUGCUGUCUCGACUGUCAGCAGACCGGAAAAAUUUCGACGGUGGCUAGCUAGUGCACGACCGAUCUCUCCCCCCCCUGGCCCCUGGUACUUAGUACUUAUUUCGCCGUUCCCCUGCCGGUGCGGGUUCCUCUUAGCCUAGCCGUGUUGCUUGCUGGUUUACCUCGGUCCGAACACCCGCAAAACAUCCACCACCAUGGAGUUCCUCUCGCGAAACUCCGGCGUCAAGAGACGCACGUCGUUUUCUUUCCUCUUUG